AUGAAAAACCGGGGCGCACACAUGCACAAAUCGUCCCAUCACCCACUGACUCAACCUUUUGCCGACCUCAGAAUGCAGGACUAUUGCGACGAGGUGAAUGAAAUGCCCGAGGGAAAUGAUGGCAUCGACGCGAUGGAUUGCAUAUCGCCUGAUACAGUGCUCAUGAGGGAUGCCAACACUAGGUUAUAUUUCGUAUCGUGCGAGAGUUGCGGCGCAAAGAGAUCUGUAGCAGCCAUUAGACAAGGCUUCAUGGCGCGUGUUGAGCGCCGCAAGAAGAAGUAAACUUGCCGCCGAACUUCGACUUGCACGUCGAGAGCCUAUAUAUUCCUUCU